AUGUCGGUCGCUAGUAAGAACCCUUUUGCCCUUUUGGGAGGUGAGUGGUAGGCAAAGUCAAACAUGCCGAGAACCACUGCUGGAGCCCUUCGGCACUGUAGGGCACUCCCGGCUAAUCGAGGAAAAAAAAACCCUUGCAUGUACUCUAUCCUCAGAUGACGAUGGACCCGCACCGGUACCCGUCGCUCCCACGAAGGAAGCUGCACCAACAGCUCCCAGGAGAGCGAUCGUAGGUGCUGGUCAAACUCAACAGCGCGGUGGUCGUGGAGGCGCUCGCGGUGGUGCUCGUGGUGGAAAUGCUGGCGCACAGCGCGCCAACGCUGGAGCGGAAGAUGGUGAACUCCAACAACAACGCGACUCGCGCUCCGAGCGUGAGUGUCUCCUUGUGUUAACAGGAAGGCCUUUGGCCGGGUGCGGGGAAGAGGCCUCAGCAUGCCUUUCAGUGGCUGUUGAGCUCCAACGCAGUCCCUGCAAGGCUCGCCGUCCUUGGAUUCGAAUGGUCGCUCCAUCUCUAAGCAUGUCGUUCCAAUGUGCUUAGCGUGUAAUCUCUCUUCCCAUUUCGUUACAGGCGGCGGUCGUGGUGGCCGCGGAGAAGGACGAGGUGGCCGCGGACGUGGUGGUCCUCGAGGCCGUGGACGUGCUUUUGACCGUCACUCUCAAACAGACCGCGUGUAAGUCUAGCAGAAUCCGUGUGAAUCAAUCACAAAGAAACUGACAUCUGAGCCCUUCGUUGCCUACCACAGCGACUCCGAGAAGCGCGUUCACCAAGGUUGGGGCGGUGAUGAAGGCAAGCGCGAGCUAGAGAACGAGGAGAACGCAGUCGCAGACGCCGCUGCCGAGGGCCAAGCUCCCGUGCCUGAGAACGCAGCUUCGGGUUGGGAUGCUCCCGCCGACCCCGCUGUGCCUGGCGCUACCCCCGCCGCUGAUGCGCCCGCACCGAUCCCGGAAGAGGAAGUGGACACCACCAAGACUCUGGAUGAGUACCUUGCUGAGCGAGCGGCCAAGAAAUUCACCAUCGGAAACGCUAGCGCUCCUCGUCAGGUUGAGGCAGAUGAAUCGGCCUUCGGCACCAAAUUCGUCCGAGAAGCUGUUGAGGAGGAGGCCAAGAAGGUGAGUUGAGCAGCAACGACGUCUUUGUGGAGAGGCUUGACCGAGGUCAAUUAUCUAGCGUUGACUAUUGGUGUCCGUGUUUCGGCUGAUCAUCGCUUAUGCGUGAACUUUGUCACCUGCUUCAGGCAAACCCUAACUACAAGCCGCGUGAGAAGAGCGCAAAGACGAAGCAAUUCCUCGAAAUCGAGCAGACCUUUGCUCCUGCUGCUGGAAGCGAGAGAGGCGGUCGCGGCCGUGGUCGCGGCGGACGUGGAGGUGACCGUGGAAGCGAGCGUGGCGGACGAGGCCGUGGACGCGGCGAUGGAAGUCGCGGUGCUGGAAGAGGACGUGGUGCUGCUGGAUACACUCGUGGGGGCGGUGCUGGCGGCGCCGUCAACCUCCAGGACCAGAGCGCCUUUCCCACCCUGGGCUGA